UAUUUUUGCCUCCAAUCAAUACCGUAUUGUCUCUAAUAAUCCGCACAGUUUGUUUUCUGUGUAAUAUUGAAAUGAUAGAUAAGGGCUUUUUGCUCGACAUAUUGAAAGAAAGAGGGACGAGUUAGUUUAUCUGUUUUUCUUUGGCACUGACGUACAGCUCAAUAGCUAGAGACAGACUGAGAGAGAAGAUAAGCCGUCAUGGCAGCUAGAACAGGAGGAGGAGGUUCAUUACAAGUGAAGGUAGUCCUUCUAGGAGAGGGCUGCGUUGGAAAGACUAGCAUAGUUCUACGUUAUGUCCAGAACCAGUUCAAUGACAAGCACAUACAAACUCUUCAGGCUUCUUUUCUCCAGAAGAACUUAACAAUCAACAGAAGAAGACUCUGUCUGAACAUCUGGGACACAGCUGGUCAGGAGAGGUAUCACGCUUUAGGCCCUAUCUAUUACCGAGACAGUCACGCUGCUAUAGUCGUAUAUGACAUAACUGACGAGGACUCCUUCACCAAGGCUAAGAACUGGGUGAGGGAGCUACGUAAGAUGUUAGGUGACAGCUGCGUCCUUGUGAUAGUCGGCAAUAAAAGUGAUUUAGAAAAGAAUAAAGUUAUUCAAGAGAAGGAUGCUCAAGAAUAUGCAGCGUCAGUUGGAGCAAAGCAUUUUUAUACGUCAGCAAAACAGAAUAAAGGAAUAGAAGAAAUGUUCCUGGACCUUAGCAAAAGAUUAUUGGAGAAAGAAGGCAACAAUUCGAAUCCAUCAUCAACCAAUCCUUCGUCUACCAGAAGACCAGGCGGUAUUACAGUAACGGAUGAUAGUAUUCGAACUGACCGCCCUAGUGGCGGGGGUGGUGGAGGAGGGGGAGGGUGCUGUGGUUAGAGGAACAGUGAGGGGAGAGGGGAACGGUUUUGUGGUUUUACCUCUUGUUCCUCUCUUCUAUGUGAUUGGUGUUGUUGAUAUUAAUUAUUGUUGUAGCUAAUUAUUAAUAAUAAUAAUAUUAAUGAA